AUGCUUGCCUCCGAUGAUUGUUACGAGGAUGAUUUCGAGUCUGGAGAUGACUUAACCAACUCAGUCACAACACUAAAUGCAAACUACAAAAACAAUAGUACUGGUCAUGAAGGCGGAAAUACCAAGGAGGCAGAACGUUCUAUGACUGCAGCGGUGGGUGGUACUUUUUCAGAAAGUGGCUCGACUUCUGCCGCCAACCUGGAUUUAGAUACUUCCAAACGUGAUUGUAGUUCGAGGGACUCCUCGCUUUCAGAUAUUAAUUGGACUUCAUCGCGACUCCAUGAACCUUCACCGAGCGGGGGAGGGCUUAAAAAGGCACCUGUUACGACUCCCCUGGAUGUAGAUGCCGAGUCAGUCUCAUUGCAUAGCUCUCUAUCCAGCGUCUCAUCCACCUCUCAGGAUUGGGCGAUGCGAAAAAAUCCACAAGUGACUCCUUUCAUAGCAAACAGCGCAAAUCACCUCCUUAACAGGUCAGGGGACGAGGAGGAAGGGGGGGUUCGCCUGCAGGAGAAGAAAGAUGUGACGAGUUCAAACACACGUGAAGCACGCACAAACAACACGACUCAUGGGAUUGAGUAUAACAAUAAAAGUUAUGGUGCAGCCCGGGAAACGAGCAAUGCGGGCUUUACCCAUCAAAAUGCCAGGGGCAACCCCUCCGUGAUUGACGGUGUGGGCUCGAGUUCCAUACCGCAGAAGGGGCAGCGCUCAGUGUUCCCGCGCAAUGCUUCAACGGAUCCCGCUUCUGAGGCUCGGGAUGGGAUCAUGCAUCAAUCCAACGUUACAACCGUCUGGAUGCUAGAGAAAGAGGAGCCGCAGCUGGAGUCGUUCGUGUUUCCGAAUCGCCAUGGUAGCGUAAGCGACGUGAGCGCUGACGAAGGAGCAGACCUUCCGAUGGAAGGGACUGUGCAGGAUUUCGAAAGCGCGAGUGAAUGCUCCUCGCGUGAAGUAUUGCCGCAAAAACAACAGCCGGUUAGACAGGAAGAACGGCAACGCAAGGUCGAAACCAACGAAACAAACUCUUCCGCUUCUUCAUCACUCUCCUCAGACGCGCAGCCGAGUGCGGGGGCUUUACGUCAAGCUCACCCGACAGGGCAGGGUGCAGUGAAAGGCAUUAUCACCAGCACACUGCACAUCGUACCCCCAGCACAGCGGACCAAUCAACUCGAGAGUAGCGCUCGCCUCGAAACUUCCUUAGUUUCUUCCUCACGUCGAUCGAGUGUUACGAUUAUAUCUCCAUCCUCUGAGUCCAUCAAUGCUUCUACUGCUGCAGCCGCCAUUACCUCUGGUGCUCCUAGCAAGGGCACCGUUGCGAGAUCCGGGCAGCAGAUGCAGGCGGACAAAAAUUCCAACACUCCCCUUCCAUUUCCCUCUCCUAUCGAGGAAAAGAAGGCAAUUAAAUCUCACACUACCCCCAAUACUGUUGAUACGCUCUCUAAACCCGACUCUCCAAUCGUGAGUACAAUUUGGAAGAAAGGCAAGCUGCCUAUUGAUUCGGAGCAUCAGCAAAACUCACAGAAGUUGCCGAUGCCAUUGCCGACAUCCUUAAAGUCGGAUGCAAUAGAAAAUUUUCGGCGCCAAAUUGCUAGUUUUGAUGACCAACGCGUGGAUUCAUCAGAUGAUUCUGAAGAUUCACCUAAUAUUGAGACUAAGUUGAUGCAGAACCUCCGCUCUUUAAAAGAUCAGAUCGCGCAUUUGAAUACACAGAUUGAGGCAAAAGAGAAAGAAAUAGCUAAUAUUAGUCGAACACAGUCCGCUGGAAUUACUUCGGAAAGAGGAGAGUUUGGCAGAAAUUACAUGGGUGAACAACUCUCGGUUCGUUCAGGAGGGGUGCACAAUAGAAAGCGCACUAUGAAUAAUAAAAACAAGAAAGCUGUACCAUUUAUGGUGAGAUUGGAAAGACUUCGUUUAAUUAACAAAGAUCUAGAAGAAAAGUUCAGUCAGUGUGAGAAUGAAAUCACUGUAGAAAGUCUCAUCGAAGGGGUUAAUAAACGACUCGAACGAGCCAGAGAAAGGCUGAAAGAGGCGCAAAUAGUCAAGCGAGGGCUGGAGAGUUGCGAUAAGCGAGUGGAACAUAUGAUUGAGGCACUUCAUCGUCGCCUGCCGCCAUCCGAGGAGAUCAAAAAUCGUCAAGUUAACGAGAAUAUUUACAGACAUGCAAGCCUUGAGAGAAAGAUUGAACAUCUAAAAGAUAGUAUCAAACUUAGGCAAACCUCCCGACAAGCAAUGCUUGCCAAAUGCCAAGAGCUAGAGGUGGAGUUGAAGAAGAAGAACUAUGCUAUAGGGGUAGUUCGGGGAGAUGUUCUACAGUUAAGAAACACUUUUGAGAAAAACAAACGCAAGAUAGAGCAACUUCACGCCGCAAUCGCGAUUUACCGCCAUGCGAUGUGCUCUGAACCGCAUGAUUCCGCCUCGCGUAGGACCACUUCAAGUCACAGUCAACCCUCCACGGUGCCUUCUCGUAGGAUCACAAGGGGAAAGGAAGAGGCGGAGGAUAAGGCCCUCAACAUACGCUAUGACUCCGCGAAGCAACGUCGUCAAGAGCUCGAGGAGGAAGUGCAAACGCUGAAAUCUCGCCUUCAGCAUCGAUGCAUGCAGAUCGAGACGAAUCUCGCGUAUGAUAUGAGAGCGCACUGCACCAGCAGCAGCCGCACUCCACGCAGCAUCCGAAAGGUUGGUAGUAGACGCUCAGAAGAUCGCCAAAGCCCCUCACAGGGGCGACAAUAUAGCGAUAACAGCAGUAAUCAUAAUAGCAGCUGUAAUAAUACCAACAACGAUUGGAACCUACAUAGGAGAAGCAACAACCCUUUACCUCCGCCUGAGCGCGCGCUGUCGAAUCCGGCUUCAAGGGAGACCGGCAAGUUCACUCCCUCAACGAAGGGUAACAGCGUUACGCGCGGGCAAAAUUCUGAUUUAAAUUCCAUUUCCAAUAAAUCAAAGGCUGCUGCGGCUAUGCCCUAUGACGAGAAUUCGAAAAGCGAUUCAGGGCUCACGAGGUUUAAUGCAGGUUCAACGUUACCCCUUCACACCUCCCCCAAUGAGGCUAAUGAGGUGAGCAUCACACCACGAAACGUAAGCGCAGUACGGUCCGUUCAGCCGUGUGUGGGGCUUCCCGUAGAGGAGGAAGGAAUUACUGAUGAGAUGCCAAGUGAGGAAUCCCCGCAAAGAGCAAAACAAUCCUCCGUGAAACGCGACGCUUUACCUCCUCAACAGCGGAAGAUGGGCGCCGCGAGGGAAUCCACGCAACAUCCAAGAGAGAGAGGACGGAGUGAUUCAGAGAAGAAUGCAGAUGUGCGAGCUAAUUCAACUCGUCAAGAUGGCCUUGUUCAGGGUAAGUAUAUGGAGAAGAGGAAUAAGGUGGAGGAGGUGGAUGAUGAUUUAGAGUGUGAAGUGGGCGUAGAGGAGAUUACGGAGAGUUCGGGAAGAACAACCCCUUUAUGGUUGCGGGAUUCCUAA